ACUACACUUCCCGGGGGCCCUCUCGGCAGGGAGCCGAACCUUUUCUAGCGAGCACCACACAAGUCUUCCCCGAGUCGGUUCCGCCGUAAAGGUGACCUGACUACCAGAGCCUCCUUUGGCAGGUGCAGAACUUGUCGGCGCAAUUCGUAAUCAUGUCUGAACCAAUCAGAGUCCUUGUGACUGGUGCAGCUGGUCAAAUCGCAUAUUCACUGUUAUACAGUAUCGGAAAUGGAUCCAUCUUUGGUAAAGACCAGCCUAUAAUUCUUGUGCUGUUGGAUAUUACUCCCAUGAUGGGUGUUCUGGAAGGUGUCCUAAUGGAACUGCAAGACUGUGCCCUUCCUCUCUUGAGAGAUGUCAUCGCAACAGACAAAGAAGAUGUUGCCUUCAAAGAUCUGGAUGUUGCUGUCCUCGUGGGCUCCAUGCCAAGAAGGGAGGGCAUGGAGAGGAAAGAUUUACUGAAAGCAAAUGUGAAAAUCUUCAAAGUCCAGGGUGCAGCCUUGGAUAAGUAUGCUAAGAAAUCAGUGAAGGUCAUCGUUGUGGGAAACCCAGCCAAUACCAACUGUCUGACAGCUGCCAAGUCAGCUCCAUCCAUCCCCAAGGAGAACUUCAGCUGCCUGACUCGCUUGGACCACAACCGAGCUAAAUCUCAAAUUGCUCUUAAAGUUGGUGUGUCCUCUGAUGAUGUAAAGAAUGUCAUUAUCUGGGGAAACCAUUCCUCCACUCAGUAUCCGGAUGUCUGCCAUGCCAAGGUGAAAUUGCACGGAAAGGAAGUUGGUGUGUAUGAAGCUCUGAAAGAUGACAGCUGGCUCAAGGGAGAAUUCAUUACGAAUGUGCAGCAGCGUGGCGCUGCCGUCAUCAAGGCUCGGAAACUGUCCAGUGCCAUGUCUGCUGCAAAGGCCAUCGGUGACCACAUCAGAGACAUCUGGUUUGGAACCCCGGAGGGGGAGUUUGUGUCUAUGGGUGUUAUCUCUGAUGGCAACUCCUAUGGUAUUCCUGAUGAUCUUCUCUACUCAUUCCCUGUUGUAAUCAAGAAUAAGACCUGGAAGUUUGUUGAAGGUCUCCCGAUUAAUGAUUUCUCACGUGAAAAGAUGGAUCUUACUGCAAAAGAACUGACAGAAGAAAAGGAAACUGCCUUUGAGUUCCUUUCCUCAGCAUGACUAGGCCAUCAUUUUGAUGUGAAUAAAUACCCAAAAGCUGAGGAAUCUAAAUGUCGUCUUUGACUCUAGUGCAAAAUAACAAUAAUGCUGUACUUAAAGUACUUGUGAAAAAAAAAACCCAAGCAUUUUAAAGAUUGUGUGUUUAGUGGUACAGAUUUGCAAGCGAACGUCUACAAUCAUGCUGUUAUAGCUACAUUCAAAAUAAAAAUAUAUAUUCGCGUGA